GCUAGUGCAGCAGAGUAAACACUCAGGCGUCAUCUGGUCACAGGGGUUGAUCACUGACAAUCCGGACCUGUCAUGAUCCAUGACACAUGACCAUUAAUUCAUUUGCAGCCUUGGACAAAAUUCUGAAGAAGAAAAAAAAAUAAUCUGUAUGUAUGUUUUUGCCCCCCCAACACAGAAGUGUCUUUGUGCGACUGGAAAGCGCGAGCGCUUUUGCUUGAUGGGAUACAAAAGGUACAUGUUCACGCCUGUCAUUCGGAAUUCAAACCGGGUCUGAAUGAGUCAGGCUCCAGUUAUGGACGGAACAAGUCAGCGGUGACUUUGAUCGCAAAACAUUAUUCAGGAUUUGUUGGAAACACUUUCAUCAUCAAAUCAGCAAGAGAUGGACUCGAUCGGGAACAGCAUGCAGAACAAGGCUGCCGAGCUGGAGCGCAUGGCUGAAGUGCUCUUUACAGGCGAGCAGCUGAGAUUGCGGCUCCAUGAGGGCAAAGUCAUCAAAGACCGGAGGCAUCAUCUCCGUACCUAUCCCAACUGCUUUGUGGCUAAGGAGCUUAUUGAUUGGUUGAUCGAACACAAGGAGGCUUCAGACAGAGACAUGGCCAUCAAGAUCAUGCAGAAGUUGCUGGACCAGAACAUCAUCCAUCAUGUUUGUGAUGAGCACACGGAGUUCAAAGACAUGAAGCUGUUUUACCGCUUCAGGAAAGAUGACGGAACAUUUCCUCUGGACAGCGAGGCUAAGGUUUUCAUGAGAGGCCAGAGGAUAUAUGAGAAAUUGAUGAAUGCAGAGAGCAACCUGCUUAAGACACGUGAGGAGGAGAGCGUUCCCCAUGAGCGGACACUGGUGGCCUCUGAGUUUAUUGACUGGCUCUUGCAGGAGGGGGAAAUGGCCACCAGAGCGGAGGCAGAGCAACUUGGGCGGAGACUGCUGGAGCAUGGAAUCAUUCAGCAUGUAACCAACAAGCACCACUUUGCGGACGGUGACCUCCUCUUUCAGUUCCGGUUGAAUUUCCGACGGCGGCGGCGAUUGAUGGAGCUGCUGAACGAGCGAACUCGUGUGAUUCCAGAGAGCCAUGACAGCCCGUUCUGCCUGCGCAAGCAGAACAUGGACAGCAGCAACAACAGCUUCCUCUCUGUGAGCCCCACUAAAGAGAUUAAGGUGGUGUCGGCAGUGAGGCGCAGCAGUAUGAGCAGUAGCUGUGGCAGCAGUGGUUAUUACAGCAGCAGUCCCACUCUGAGUAGCAGUCCUCCUGUGCUCUGCAACCCCAAAUCUGUGCUGAAGAGACAAGUAAGCCCAGAGGAGCUGCAAACUCCAGGAGGCCCCUUCAUAAAGAAGACAUUCACUAUCAUAGGUGAUGCAGUGGGCUGGGGUUUCGUGGUCAGAGGAAAUAAACCCUGCCACAUCCAGGCUGUUGACCCCAGUGGACCUGCUGCUGCAGCAGGGAUGAAGGUGUGUCAAUUUGUGGUGUCGGUCAAUGGGCUGAAUGUGCUGAAUCUGGACUACAAGACCGUCAGUAACCUCAUCCUCACAGGACCCAAGACUGUAGUCAUGGAGGUCAUGGAAGAGUGUCAGUGAAAGCUUUUGGUGGAAUCUGCAGCAGAAUGUUCUAGAGAAAUGCCGAGAUCCAGUCAUCGGACGCUGUUGGUCUUAUCAAGAUUCAUAUAAAAUUUGAGUUCAGUGACACUACUUCCUGUUUUUGAAUCACAUCAAUCUCCAAGAGACUCAUUAUGAGGACAUUAUGACGACAGAGGGGAAAAAGGGAAUUGUGUCAAGUCGUGUCAUUGUAACAAACUGUGUACAGGUUGGAGAAAUUGUUCUGCACAGAUUAUAUGAUUUAUGAUAUGCUUCUUGAGUACGGGAAUCCAUUCCUAAACCUUUCGUGUGUAGCAUUCAAGUGAUGACCAAGAGCUUCAUUCAGGCUUGAGCUAGGUUUAGGAGUAGCAGAGCGAGGUUAACAAUAACACACUGUUGUGUUGCAGUGCUGCAGUGCAGUCAUGCGUGGCUAACAAAGUGUGGAUUCCACACAUUUUCAGGGCUAAGUGUCAAUAGGUCAUAUUUUGAGACACCCGAACGUUUUAAAUUAGGAUUUAAAAGGGAUAAGCUUUACCUCGGCAGUGUCAGAAAUAUGUAGGGGUUUUUUUGUUUAUUUUUUGCAUCCAUAAACUAUAAUGAAGAAAAAUGUUGACAUACAAAAAAAGAACAUCACUUAUAUGUGAUUUCUAUAUAUCUGUGAUUUUUGUAGGUAAAUACAGGACCAAUUUAAAACGUCGUCAUGUAACAAUUAUUUACACUGCAAAAAAUGUCGUCCUAGCAAGUUUGAAUAUAAUCAAAUUGAGCUAGUAUUCCCUAUUAUAAUAACCAAAUAUAAGAUUAUUAAACCUGUUUCUAAACUUUUUUUUAAAACAAAUUUCAAACUUUAAAUGUCUUAUUUUAUUAGCAGAUAAUUUUGUUUCAAGCUUGAAAUUAUUAAAACAAUGUCUAAUAGCAUUCAUAAUCUUAUAUGUUGUUUAUUGUACAUUUAUAAUAAGAAAUACUUGCAAGAUAUUUCCAAGAUAUUUCCACUUGCUAAGAUGCCAAUUUUUGCAGUGUAGUUACAGUGAAAGUGUCUUUUUCUUUUCUUCUUUAUAAUGUGAAACAUACAGUAGCAAUAGUGGUAACAAUUUUAUAUUAAGGUUCCCGUACUUAUUGCAUUAAUUAAAAGUAACAUGUUAAACUUAGCAUUAAUAAGCCAAAUAAUUGUAACAAAUGAAUCUCACUGACUUUCAAAUGUUAAUUAAAUACACCAGCAUUGACUAAUGUUUACUCAACCCACAAAAUGAACUUUUACUGAACUCUGGUCUGCAGGUGUAAAUACUGAAAGCUUUUUUCAGCCUCAGUCCUGAAAUUUACUAGUUAACAACCACUAACAUGUUGGUUCAUAUGACUCAUUGUUGCCUUAAUUUUACUCACUGGUUGUAUGAACAUUGAUUAAUGCAUAUGUUGAUUAUUUGGCUUAUUUGAUUUUGGCGUGUAUUGGUUUCUAAAAAACAUCACUUGAUUCAAGUGUUAGCUAAUUUGUUAAAGCUCAUUAGUAUAGUGUAUUCAUGCUGAAGACAAAUUAUGGUUUGUUCUUGUUACUAAUGCAUUAGUUCAGGAAACCUUAAUGUAAAGGAUUACUUCAAUAAUCUUAUUGUGCUAAAUAUUAAUAACAAUAUACGAUAGCCAUAUUGUCUCAUGUCUGUAACAUGACAGAGUUUUAAAGAAAGAUCAGUAAUAUAGUAUUUGAUGUCACUUGCCAAAGUAUGCGAGUGUAAUCUUCUAAGAAACGCACAUUUUUAAGAAUGAUUUAGUGAUUCUUAAUGAUUUUUAAUCUUUAGGACAUGAAGAGUGAAAUUUGAAUUGAUCCAGUAGAUUAGAUUAAGUGUAAGUAUUACGUUUCAUACUUCUCUUAAACAAGGAUAGUGAUACCAUCUAGUGAAUUUCCACUGCCAGUCCAUUUCAGGUUCAUAUUCCACAUGUCACUUACAGUGGAUUUGUACGUAAUGAUUUUCCUAGAUGUAUGGAUAACACGACAUGGAAGUAUUGGUUUCACAGAAUUUCGCAUUGAUGGUGCAGUGUUUUUGCCUUAAUGCCAUUUAUUUUGCUGCUAACCCUCAUAGCUGGUGAUCAACUAACUCUCUUCACUAAACCUGGACACGUUUUGUCCCAAGAGCGCUCUGUGAUACACAUGUUUUACUGAUUCUUACUGACAAUCAGCUUUCUAUUUCUGGGAGUAAGCACUCUACAUAUCUACCACGUUUUCCCUGCCACAAAGCUGGUAUAAACAGAAAAUGUACAGAUACAGCAUAGAAAAUGUUUUACACACUAGAGGUGCGUCUGUCUGUGUAAGGAACAUAAGCUGAAGGUACCACAUAUGUAUUUUGAAAAACCAUACUGUGUCUGUUGAAAUGUUUUAUUAAACACGUCGAUUUAAAUGAA